AUGGACAACAUUUUCUUCUCGGCCCUGGCGAAUAGUGCCCCCAAGGACGUCGUUGUCUCCUACGAUAUUGCUUGUCAGUGGCAUAGAAACCUGUGGAAAUGGUACCACAUUUACGAAGACUGUCCAUUCAAGAAGGAUGAUCAAGAUUUUGUCUUCCUGAUCCCGAAAUUCCACAUCAAUGCUCAUCAAGAUUCGUGCCAGAUGAGCUUUUCCUUCCAUAAUACUCCGCACAUUGGCGAGACGGAUGGCGAGGGUGUUGAGCGGCCCUGGUCGGACUCAAACUUAUAUUCCUCGAGCACGAAGGAGAUGGGCCCUGGUUCAUGGUGUGACUUUCUUGACGAUGCAUUCGCAGAUUACAAUUGGCAGAAAAUAUGUGACAUGCCUGCUCUGUUCUUAACACGAAUCAAAGCUGCACUACCGGAGCGCAAUGAACAAGUCUUCACCUUUGUGGAACUGAACAGUGCGAUCACGCCAGAGGAUCGUGGUGAAUGGACAACUACCAUCGAAGCUUGGGAGAAGAACCCAUCUCAAACCAAUCUGUUUGUCAUUACGCGUCCUGCUGUGACUCAAGCAGCUGUACAGCUGCAGUUGGCCAACGAAGAGGCUGCAAAGUUGGAGAAUGGCGAGCGCAGUGGGAUAGUGUAUGAGCUCCCCUCUCUGAGCAUGAUGAUCAUGGUCAGAAUGGAGCUCCAGGAGCAACAGUCGUGCAUUGCACAAGUCCAGAACAAGGUAAAUGCAGAUGCUGCUCGCUAUCGCCGUGCCUUCAACGCCAUCAAUUCACUGUCGACCCUGCUCGAUGAGCCUUCAACACCUCACGACUUGGUCCUGCUGCAGGAUGAAGAUGUGCGAGGGAUGACAGAGGGGGAGUCGAGCAAGACCCACAGCUGGAAGAAAAUGUCUUGGAUUUGGCGGAGACAUGGCAUGAGGAACAGCAGUGCGAUGGACUCGGCCGUCAGUGAAGAGCUCCGAAUCGAGUGGUGCAAGGCUCGUGCUUGGGCCCAUCGCUGGAUCGAAGAGUGCCGCCAGCUGCCAGAGGAGAUGCGCAGGGUUAUCACCUUCCACGGUUGGAUGGCGCAGUGGUGGCUGGACCGAGUCGAUGCCAUCCCUGCACGAUCGAAAGAACAUUUGGAAGGUGCCAAUGCAUAUGCAUUCUGUCAGGCGGAAAUCUGGGAGUCAAUGGAGAACUACUGCCACACUGGUGUCAAUUCCAGCGAGGCUGCCCCUCUACAAUAUUCUCCUGCAAUUGAUUUUGCAGCUGUCCUUGGACCUGCUGCUGAGAUACCUUCUGUUCCCGUGCCUACGCCAUCAGUAGGCUAA